UUUUUUAAUAUUUCUGAAAUUCUGGGAAAGAUCGAGUGAAAUUUCCUACGAGUUGAUUCCUCGAUUCCAAUUCCCAUUCAAUCUUCUCGUGAUUUUGGAUCCCGUUUUAGACGCAGGUGUCGACCUCCUCGUCACAGGGAUCGCUCGUCGCCGUGACCGGCGAGUCUGAGGGAUCGUCGUUAUUCUAGUCGCGUCAAUCGUCGAUCUCCCCAUGUUUUCAGUUUGUUUAAUGUUUUCGCGCUUAUUUCUUGUGUUUAUUUGAGAUGUCUUUCGAGGUUAAUUGAAGCUUUCUUGAUUGCUUGCCGAAUGCGAUUAUGAACAAUCAGUCAUUUGGAUCAGGAAAUCCCUUUCAUGCUUACACCCGAGGUGACUUCGAUUUGGAGUCAGGAAACUCCAGGAAGAGCUUUCGUAAGCCUAAGAAUUCUAAAUUUAUCGCUCCCAUCAGGAUGAUACAUUCUAUCUCAAACCGCAUUCAUUACUUCUACAAGCUUCACCCAGUUGCAGUCUUUCUCACCUCUUUGUCCUUUGGUAUCGCCAUCCUGGUAGUGCUUUCUUUGUACGAAAGGAAGCUUCAAAUGAUGGAUUUCCGGAGAAGUGGUGACUUGGGUCUGAGCUCAGACUUGUAUCCAUUGCCAAAUCUUCGCAAUCUUGUGAUGGUUGCUGGGCAUUCAAUUUACACGAGCACCAACUGCGGUAAGUUUGACAAUGAGGAUUCAUGGUUCCUAGAACCCUAUCAGAAGAACCCGGGGCAGGCAGCUACAUUCUUGGCACACAUCCAAGUAGGAGUGGAGAGUGCAGCGAAGGAUGAGGGAGCACUUCUUCUAUUUAGUGGUGGGGAAACCCGAAAGGAUGGCGGUCCUCGCAGUGAAGCACAAAGUUACUGGUUUGUUGCAGAGUCUAAAGGCUGGUUUGGACACAAAGAUAGUGUCAGGGAUAGAGCACUCACAGAGGAACAUGCACGGGAUAGCUUUGAGAACCUUCUUUUUAGCGUUUGUCGUUUUCGUGAACUGACAGGCUCUUACCCUCAGAAUAUUACUAUCAUAAGCUAUGAUUUCAAGAGAGAGAGAUUUGCACAGCUGCACCGUCCGGCGAUAGGAUUUCCAGAAGGGAGUUUCUUCUAUGUGGGUACACCUACUGCCCCAGGGUCACAGGAGGCUGCAGAGAAAGGUGAAGCUCUUGCUCGGGCUCAGUUUCAAGAAGACCCAUAUGGUUGUUUCAGUACACUUCACCGGAAGAGACUAACCAGAGAUCCAUUUCACCGGUUUGUCCCUUACCCCGACGGUUGCCCUGAGCUAAAAGGCUUGUUCAGCUACUGCGGUCCAGUUCCAUUUCCCGGGUCGCUUCCUUGGACCAAGUAGUCUCAUUUUCGUCGGGGAUAAACGAAACAAAUCCUAAGUUCCAGUGUGUACAAUGAAGCAUAAAAUCAUCCUUUCAGAUUCAUAAAUGUACUGAAGACGAGAUUAGUGUUGUUACAACUCGAAGAUCAAGGUUUGCGUUGAAAGGAAAGGCUUCUUAGGAUAUUUGUUCAACAAUGUGUGCAUGUAUCAUUAUAUAUAACACCGAUUGUUCUUAGUUUCUUCUACUUUGAUAGCUAAAAAGGUUUUUGUUUUUUUGUUUGUAACUUUUAAUUAGAUAGAUGAUUUUGUCACUUUAAUUAAAUAUUUUAUUCGUUGGCUUCUAA